AUGGUCUCAGCGCGUAGCCUAUCCCAACACCUGACUGCGCAUCCUGUUCCACGAUCUCAGCGCGUAAUCUAUCCUAUGGUCUCAGCGCGUAGCCUAUCCCAACACCUGACUGCGCAUCCUGUUCCACGAUCUCAGCGCGUAAUCUAUCCUAUGGUCUCAGCGCGUAGCCUAUCCCAACACCUGACUGCGCAUCCUGUUCCACGAUCUCAGCGCCGCGUAGCCUAUCCCCAACACCUGACUGCGCAUCCUGUUCCACGAUCUCAGCGCGUAAUCUAUCCCAUGGUCUCAGCGCGUAGCCUAUCCCAACACCUGACUGCGCAUCCUGUUCCACGAUCUCAGCGCGUAUCCUCCUAUGGUCUCAGCGCCUCAGCGAAUAACUUUUCUCAGCGUGUAACCUUUCACAUUGUUUUAGUGCGUAACCUAUCUCAUGAUCUCGGCACCAAAUCUAUCUCACGGUCUCGUCGCGGCGAACCUAUCUCACGAUGUCGGCACGAAAUUCAACUCACGGUCUCGUCGCGUAAACUGUCCCACGAUCUCAGGCGAACCUAUCUCACGAUGUCGGCACGAAAUCUAACUCACGCUCCUCGCGAAACUCCCACGAUCAGUGCAUUACCAAUCCCAUGGUCUUUGUUCCUAUCCUCUACCACGAUCUCAGCGCUGCGUAACCUAUCUCAUGAUCUCGGCACCAAAUCUAUCUCACGGUCUCGUCGCGUACCCCACGAUGUCAGUGCCAACUUGUACCAAGAUCUCAGCGAAGAUGAAAGUCUCAUGCGUAACCUAUCUCGCGAUGUCGGCACGAAAUCUAUCUCACGGCCUCGUCGCUUAAGCUGUCCCACGAUCUCAGCGCGUUACCUAUCCCAUGGUCUUUGUGCCUAA